AUGCUCCUCCCCUCAGCCCUCUCCUGCGACUCGCGCCAACACAAUAAUAAUCACAACAACCACAACCAAUACCAAUACCACCCUCAACACCCCCCACGUCCGCGCUCCCUUUUCCCCACUACACCUCCCUCCGCCCACCCCUCCGAUGGCCUCAGCUUCAUCGCCAGCAACAGUCUCCUGGGCACCUGUCGCACCCUGCAGUCGCUCCUGAACUCCUCGCCUGCCCCUUCGCCCUCUCCGUCGUCACGGCGCGGCGCCGCAAAACUGUCAUCUCCGCAACUACAACUGCAUCAGCAGCAACGGCUCCAGAGCCCGCUACAUGUCGUGCGCCCGUCGCAGCAGCAGCAACAACAGCAGCAGCAGUGUCCUGAAGCCGCGCAGGUGCGGCCGCAGAAGGUCGUGAAGAAGAAGAAGCAGGUGGUGGCGGCGGCGGCGCGGAGGUGCUUUAAUAAGCGGCGGAGGGAUGUUUACGAAGAGGAGGAGGGGGAGGAGGGUGCUGGUGCUGGUGCUGGUGGUGCUGUUGGAGGGAAUGAUGGGGAUGCGUGGAGGUUUGGGUUUUCGACGCCAAAAAGACGGCGGCGCAUGCUAUCUGAGGAGGAGGAUAGGGACUUACCACUGGGUCUGAGGAGGGCGGAUUUUAGAGCAUUGGAGGCAUGGCGGGAAGAGGAGGAGAAGGGAGAUUCGGGUGUGGGUGUGGAUGUGGAUGUGGAUGAGAGUGUGGAUGAGAGUGAGAGGCAUGGGCCAGUGUCGACACGAUUGCGAUCGCGAUCGCGGUCGCUGUCGCAGGUGCAAUCACUCUCGCCAGAAGCAAGUAGACGAAAGUGCACCUGCGCCGUGGAUGAUGGGGGGUGUGGGUGCCAUGCGCGGAUCGAGCGACUGUGCGCUGCUACUGACGACGACGACGACGAUAUCUCAGCUUUCCCCUCUCCUUCCACAACCACAACACCUACUAGUGGUACUACUACGUCUAUACAUACAACUACAGCCAGCACAACAAUUACAGCUCCUCACACGCACCCGCACCCGCACCCUCCCCUCCCCUCCACCGACUGGACAAGCGCCGACGACAAACGACUCGUGGCUCUCGUGCUGGAGAAGCUGAAGCUGUCGAAGCGCGACUGGAACGAGUGCGCGCGCCGCAUGGGUAAGGACCACGAUAGCGUGGGCCGGCGGUGGCGCGCGCUGGUGGGCGAGGGUAAUGUCGGCUUGCGGCGCGGUAGGGGCCGGAUGGUGAGGAGGGGUAUUCAUGAGGGGUGGAGGUGUUGA